AUGCUCUCCCCGGACGCCCCAGAGCAUCACGAUGCUCUCCCCGGACGCCCCAGAGCGUCGCUAUGCUCUCCCCGGACGCCCCAGAGCGUCGCGAUGCACUCCUCGGACGCCCCAGAGCAUCGUGAUGCUCUCCCCGGAAGCCCCAGAGCGUCGCAAUGCUCUCCCCGAACGCCCCAGAGCAUCGCGAUGCUCUCCCCGGACGCCCCAGAGCGUCGCGAUGCUCUACCCGUACGCCCCAGAGCGUCGCGAUGCUCUCCCCAGCCGCCCCAGAGCGUCGUGAUGCUCUCCCCGGACGCCCCAGAGCGUCGCGAUGCUCUCCCCGGACGCCCCAGAGCGUCGCGAUGCUCUCCUCGGACGCCCCAGAGCGUCACGAUGCUCUCCCCGGACGCCCCAGAGCGUCGCGAUGCUCUCCCUGGACACCCCGGAGCGUCGCUAUGCUCUCCCCGGACGCCCCAGAGCAUCGCGAUGCUCUCCCCGGACGCCCUAGAGCGUCGCGAUGCUCUUUCCAGACGCCCCAGAGCAUCGCGAUGCUCUCCCCGGACACCCCAGAGCGUCGCGAUGCUCUCCCGGGACGCCCCAGAGCGUCGCGAUGCUCUCCCCGGACGCCCCAGAGCGUCCGUCGCGAUGCUCUCCCCGGACGCCCAAGAGCGCCGCGAUGCUCUCCCCCGACGCCCCAGAGCGUCGCGAUGCUCUCCCCGGACGCCCCAGAGCGUCACGAUGCUCUCCUCGGACGCCCCACAGCGUCGCGAUGCUCUUCCCGGACGCCCCAGAGCGUCGCUAUGCUCUCUCUGGACGCCCCAGAGCAUCGCGAUACUUUCCCCGGACGCCCCAGAGCGUCGCGAUGCUCUCCCCGGACGCCCCAGAGCGUCGCGAUGCUCUACCCGGACGCCCCAGAGCAUCGCGAUGCUCUCCCCAGCCGCCCCAGAGCGUCGCGAUGCUCUCCCCGAACGCCCCAGAGCGUCGCGAUGCUCUCCCCGGACGCCCCAGAGAGUCGCGAUGCUCUCCCCGGACGCCCCAGAGCGUCGCGAUGCUCUCCCCGGACGCCCCAGAGCGUCGCUAUGCUCUCCCCUGACGCCCCAGAGCGUCGCGAUGCUCUCCCCGGACGCCCCAGAGCGUCACGAUGCUCUCCCCGGACGCCCCAGAGCGUCGCUAUGGUCUCCCCGGACGCCCCAGAGCGUCGCGAUGCUCUCCCCGGACGCCCCAGAGCAUCGCGAUGCUCUCCCCGGACGCCCGAGAGCGUCGCAAUGCUCUCCCCGGACGCCCCAGAGCGUCGCGAUGCUCUCCCCGGACGGCCCAGAGCGUCACGAUGCUCUCCCCGGACGCCCCAGAGUGUCGCUAUGCUCUCCCCGGACGCCCCAGAGCGUCGCGAUGCUCUCCCCGGACGCCCCAGAGCAUCGUGAUGCUCUCCCCGGACGCCCCAGAGCGUCGCAAUGCUUUCCCCGAACGCCCCAGAGCAUCGCGAUGCUCUCCCCGGACGCCCCAGAGCGUCGCGAUGCUCUACCCGUACGCCCCAGAGCGUCGCGAUGCUCUCCCCAGCUGCCCCAGAGCGUCGUGAUGCUCUCCCCGGACGCCCCAGAGCGUCGCGAUGCUCUCCCCGGACGCCCCAGAGCGUCCCGAUGCUCUCCUCGGACGCCCCAGAGCGUCACGAUGCUCUCCCCAGACGCCCCAGAGCGUCGCGAUGCUCUCCCCGGACGCCCCGGAGCGUCGCUAUGCUCUCCCCGGACGCCCCAGAGCGUCGCGAUGCUCUCCCCGGACGCCCCAGAGCGUCGCGAUGCUCUUUCCAGACGCCCCAGAGCAUCGCGAUGCUAUCCCCGGACGCCCCAGAGCGUCGCGAUGCUCUCCCCGGACGCCCCAGAGCGUCGCGAUGCUCUCCCCGGACGCCCCAGAGCGUCGCGAUGCUCUACCCGGACGCCCAAGAGCGUCGCGAUGCUCUCCCCAGCCGCCCCAGAGCGUCGUGAUGCUCUCCCCGGACGCCCCAGAGCGUCGCGAUGCUCUCCCCGGACGCCCCAGAGCGUCGGGAUGCUCUCCCCCGACGCCCCAGAGCGUCGCGAUGCUCUCCCCGGACGCCCCAGAGCAGCAUCGCGAUGCUCUCCCCAGCCGCCCCAGAGCGUCGUGAUGCUCUCCCCUGACGCCCCAGAGCGUCGCGAUGCUCUCCCCGGACGCCCCAGAGCGUCGCGAUGCUCUCCCCGAACGCCCCAGAGCGUCGCGAUGCUCUCCCCGGACACCCCAGAGCGUCGUAAUGCUCUCCCCGGACGCCCCCGAGCGUCGCUAUGCUCUCCCUGGACGCCCCAGAGCAUCGCGAUGCUCUCCUCGGACGCCCCAGAGCGUCGCGAUGCUCUCCCCGGACGCCCCAGAGCGUCGCGAUGCUCUCCCUGGACGCCCCAGAGCAUCGCGAUGCUCUCCUCGGACGCCCCAGAGCGUCGCGAUGCUCUCCCCGAACGCCCCAGAGCGUCGCGAUGCUCUCCCCGGACGCCCCACAGCGUCGCGAUGCUCUCCCCGGACGCCCUAGAGCGUCGCGAUGCUCUCCCCAGACGCCUCAGAGCGUUGCUAUGCUCUCCCUGGAUGCCCCAGAGCGUCGCGAUGCUCUACUCGGACGCCCCAGACCGUCGCGAUGCUCUCCCCGGACGCCCCAGAGCAUCGCGAUGCUCUCCCCGGACGCCCGAGAGCGUCGCGAUGCUCUCCCCGGACGCCCCAGAGCGUCGUGAUGCUCUCCCCGGACGCCCCUGA